AUGGAUCCUCCUCCGCCACCGCCUCCUGCCCCAUUGCUACAUUCCUCCGACACCAGCUUCCCCAUCAUAGCCGUGGCCGUCAUCGGCAUAAUCGCCACAGCGUUCCUACUGGUCAGCUACUACGUCUUCGUCAUCAAAUGCUGCCUCAAUUGGCACCGAAUCGACAUCCUCAGAAGAUUCUCACUGUCGAGAGGCAGAGCCCACGAGGAGGCGUUGAUGGCUGCUCACUCCCCUUCAGCAGUGGAGCCCAGGGGGCUCGAGGAAUCGGUCAUAAGGUCGAUCCCUGUUUUCAAGUACACCAAAACAGAGCAUCAGGAAAAACAGGGGAAAUCGCCAUGUUCCGUCGAAUGCGCCGUCUGUCUCAACGAGUUCGUCGAAGAAGAGAAGCUGCGUAAAAUCCCUCAUUGCGGACACUUAUUCCACAUCGAUUGCAUCGACGUCUGGCUGCAGAGUAACGCCAACUGCCCGCUCUGCAGGACCAGCAUUUCCUCCUCCUCUUCAGCAACAGGGCCCGGGUUGUUGCUGCUGCCCAUGGGUCAGGUUUUCGGGUCUUCGUCCGAUCCCAGCCCGACUCCGUACCCGGAAAGGAUCGAGAUCGGCGGGGACGAAGAUUACGUGGUGAUCGAAUUGGGAAAUUACGUGACGAACAGCCGGCAGAGCUCCACGGAUCGGACGCUGCGAGCGGCGCAGGAAAGGCUAAUGAAUUCAGGCGAACUUCUGCCGACGCCCCGGACAUUCGAAUUCGGCGCUGCCGUGGAUGAGAAGAAGGGGAGGAAGGUGGGCAGGAAAGUGAUGACGAGUAAAGGAGAUGAAUGUAUCGAUCUCACGAGAGGGAAAGAGGACAGGUUCGGGAUUCAGCCGAUUCGGCGGUCGUUUUCUAUGGAUUCCUCGGUGGAUUGCCAGCUGUUGUUAAAAAUUCAAGAGAUUGUUCAGCAGCAGAGUAGUAGUGUUAGUAACGAUAGGCAGAACGCUGAAGUGGGUAUUCCAGUUGAAGGGUGUAGUGGUGGAAGUAGCAGGAGCAGAAGGAAUUUCUUUUCGUUUGGGCAUAACAGAGCUUCGAAAAAUGCAGUCUUGCCUGUAUCUCUGGACUAA